GUCUCCGUCAACCUUAAAUCUUCAACCUUCAACCUUCAACCUUCUGCUUCAUAAGCUCAGGCUGCUGUAUAAAUAGCCGUAAAAGCAUUGCUUCCACUCAUUACAUAAACAAUCAUCGUUGCAUCAUAUUGCUACUACAAUCUCUUCUCUUUCUGUGCGCAAAGCUCACAGAUUCUUGAGGUUUCCAACGUCAGAGUUUAAGAAAGAGGUUUCUGGGAGCUUUUAAAGCAGCGGGUAGGAAGAAAGAACAGAGCUUUAACGUUCUUUCCUCUAAUUCUCCAUUAAAAAAUUUUGAGGCUUUCAAGGAUGAAGAAUUCAGUGUCUGACCACAGUUUCUACAUAGAUAGUGAGGAAGAGGAAGAGAAUCAGGAGAAAUGUGAAAAUGGAGAUGGGAAUGAAUCUGAUGAUAAUUAUUCAAAUUACUCCAAUGAUAAUGAGAAUGAGACUGAGAAUGAACGCCAGCACAGCAAGCCCAAUUCCUUCAACAAUGCUUGGCCUCAAAGUUAUAGGCAAUCUAUGGAUCUUUACAGCAGCAUACCAUCUCCAAGUCUUAACUUUUUGGGGACGCCAAUUAAAAGUAUAAGCAGCUCGUUUCUUUCGUCAUCACUUACAAGGAGACACACACCCGAGGUGUUGCCUUCAGUUCAUAAACCGCUUUUGGCAUCAAAAGAACCGGAGCAGAAAAGGCGUAGUUCAAAUGCUUUGUUGCCCCCGCUCCCAUCCAAGUCAUCUUUCAUAAGGAAGGGAACCCCUGAUAGGAAACUCUCUGCAGUUGCACAUGAAGUUCCCAUUUCAAACCAAAGCUCGUUCGGACAAGCAGUGCUAAAUGGAAUGAAUGUUUUAUGUGGAGUAGGUAUCCUAACCACUCCUUAUGCUGUGAGAGAAAGUGGGUGGAUUGGGCUUUCGAUAUUGUUUCUCUUUGCUGUACUUUCUUACUAUACUGGGAUUCUUCUUCGCAAAUGCUUAGACAGCCAACCGGGGCUCGAGACUUAUCCUGAUAUUGGGCACGCUGCCUUUGGUCCAACUGGCCGAGUUGUUCUUUCUAUUAUUUUGUAUGCAGAGUUAUAUGCAUGUUGUGUUGAAUAUAUAAUAUUGGAAGCUGAUAACUUAUCGUCUUUAUUUCCAAAUGCACAUUUAAGUUUGGGAGGAAUACGUUUAGAUGCACACCAUCUUUUCGCACUGAUGACCACCGUUGCAGUUCUUCCUACCAUGUUUCUCCGGAACCUCAGCCUUCUCAGUUAUAUCUCAGCUGGAGGAGUGAUUGCUUCGGUCUUGGUUGUUUCGUGCUUGUAUUGGGUUGGCUUGGUCGAUGGUGUUAGCCUUCAAGGCAAACAAACGGCGUUGAAUCUCUCCACUCUCCCGGUUGCCAUCGGUCUCUAUGGUUAUUGUUACCAAGGGCACGCUGUGUUCCCCAACAUCUAUACUUCGAUGGAGAAACGUAGCCAAUUCCCUGCUGUCCUCGUAACCUGCUUUGUCAUAGUUACUUUGAUGUACAUUGCGACGGCUGUUCUUGGAUAUAUGAUGUUUGGAGAUUUAGCAGAAUCACAGUUCACGCUAAACAUGCCCACCGAACUCGUUGCCUCCAAAAUAGCUGUUUGGACCACGGUCGUUAAUCCAUUCACAAAGUAUGCAUUAACCAUGUUGCCAGUGGCAAUGAGUAUUGAGGAAUUCAUACCAUCAGAUCAAGUCAAGUCCUAUAUGUACUCAAUGCUCAUCAGAACGGCGUUGGUGAUCUCUACCUUGAUCAUCGGUCUAUUGAUCCCGUUUUUCGGUCUUGUUAUGUCACUCAUUGGAUCUUUACUUACAAUGCUAGUUACAUUGAUACUUCCUUGUGCUUGUUAUAUGAGCAUAGUGAGGGGAAAAAUAAGCUAUACUCAGGCAUCAGCUUGUGUAGUUAUAAUUGGAGUAGGUGUUGUAUCUGCAGUUAUUGGAACCUAUUCUGCCAUUUCUGGAAUUGUUGAAAGUUUGAGCAGUUGAGAUGAUGACAGAGUUGAAAUAAUGUAUACUACAUAGUUUUUCUGUCAUCCCCCAAAAGGGGUUUUUUUUUCUUUUUUCUUUUUUGGGUUUACAAUUUAGUCCCAAAUCUUUUUUGUUGUUGGCUUUAAUUUGACCAUGCAGAAGUGUUGCAAUGUUCUUUUUCUUCUUCCCCUUUCAAUAUAUUGUACUAUUUUGUGGGAAAAUAUUAGAGUUAUGAUA